AUGCGACAACCCUCUCUCUUCAACACCUGGGCAUCCGAGCCAUGGCGUACAGCAUAUACCCUCGUCAAGUCUAUUAAUCCCUGUCUCCCGCCUUCCGACGACCGUCCAGCCCUCAUCUGUUAUCCUGGUGUCUCUGUGUCAGUCACUCGAUUCACCAGCCGAGACGCCUUGCUCGGCUUAAUUUAUCAGCCAAUCACCUUACCAGCUUUGGGCCCUGGAUGUGCCACGAUGUCUGUGCUUGAGCCGCCCCUCAUUCUGUGCGGAUUGCUAGUGAUUCGGAAGAAUUACAAGACAGCCGAUUGA